CACGUUGCCGCCAUCUUGGUUUGGUGAUGCAUCAAAGCGAGGCUGGGCGUGCAUAAUUUGCAAAAUGGCGACUGCCACUAAUGUGUCUCUUUCGGCCUGGUCCAAAUCAUUGAAAAACAUUCCUUUAGUAGACAAUUCCUUCAUAGAAAAGUGGCUGCAGAAGCUAGAUAAAGUCCCAAAGAAAGUUAGAACGCGAGGUUACAGUAAUUUUUGCGAAGGAUAUGUCUUUGAUGUCGAAGUUAAAGUAGAACCUUGUAGUGUGACAGUUCGAGCUAGGAGCUACAGAUCACAACGAAAAAAUGAUGAACCGUGGCGACUGCAGGUUGAAUUAUCAAGAGAAAAACAGUCAGUUCUUUCCCAGAAAUGCAACUGUGAAGGAGGUGCUGGUUUGUGUAACCAUGUGAUUGGUUUAAUGUACCUCAUUGCACACUACCAACUCCUAGAUUUGCAGAGUGUUCCUCCUGCAAUGUCCAAGACUUCAUUGCCUCAGACCUGGCAUGUACCUCAGAGAACUGUUGGGAUCAAACCCAAAGAAAUAGAUGAGGUGGUGCUACAACAAGUGAAAGUUCCACUUUCACUGCCGCAGCCAAAGAAGAGAAUUAGGAGAAUUGAUGGUGUGAGAUCAACCUUGUAUAAUCCCAUCCCAGAUUGUUUUGGAAGCAAAGAUAUAAUAUCCACAUUCAGGGAACAUUUUAAAGAGCAUGAAGAUACACAAGUUAAUUCAAUAUUACGACCAAUGGAAGAUCUCUCUCUUACCUCAUGCAAAUUUGGUGAUGUAGCAACAGGAAGUGUACUAUCAUAUCAGCAAAAGAUAAAGAAAACAAACAAUCCAAAAGUUCAUGUCAAAGUUGAUGGUCCUGAGUUACCCCCCAAUUAUAGUAUGCCUACAAUUGACAGCCUCUACCUGUUUGCGCCAAGUGCUGGAGAGCAAAAUGUAUUAGAGGGUCUGUGUGUCUCAUACAACCAGUCAUAUUUGUAUGAGACAGAGACCAGAGAACAGUGUGAUACAAGCAAGUGGUUUGACCUGAAAGCCAAACGGCUUUCAUCCAGUAAAUUUAAAGAUGUAUGCAGCAGAAAAAAAGACUUUGAGUCCCUUGCAGAAAGACUGUUAAGAAAAACAAAGCAAACAGAGGCAAUGCUUCAUGGCAUAAAUACAGAAGAAGAAGCUGCAAGUGCAUAUGCUGACACUAGAGACUGCAAUGUUUUUCCUUCAGGUAUUGUGAUAAACCCCUCCUGCCCAUAUCUAGCCACUUCCCCAGACAGAAGAGUUUAUGAUCCAAGUGAAGCAGACUCUUGGGGACUACUUGAAAUAAAGUGUCCCAUUAAAGAUUCAAUAACUGACUUAAAUUAUCUUAAAUGUGUGAAUGGGAUUUAUAGACUUAAGAAGACCCACUCCUACUAUUACCAAGUAAUGGGUCAGAUGUUACUUAGUGGGGCCCCAUGGGCUGAUUUUUAUGUUUACUGUAAACAAGAUUAUCACCUGGAACAUAUUGAGUUUGACAAUGAAUUUUGUGCAGAAAUGAAAAGCAAACUUGAUCAUUUCUAUUUUCAAUAUUUACUUCCACAUUUUGUCAAAACUUAACAAAACUUAA